UCCGGUCUGUAACCGCUAUGUCCUAGGGAAAGAAAAAAAACUAAAUCCGCUGCACCGCGACGCUCCAUCUAUUUCGGACUUGUCGGGGGUCUGAGAUAUAGUUCCAGGGGCUCCGGAGACAACAUGUCCGAGCGCAGGUAACCCUUCCCCGGAACCCGGCCCGACGGAAGACGGAGCGGAGCAAAUGGAGAGGCCGGCGAGGCUGCUGCUCUCGUCCGAGCUGCGCGUCCGAAACGUCGGCCACGAAGUGAGCCUGUGUCGGUCGGUGCUCACCUGGAAGAGGCAGGCCUCCAGCCCGGUGUACCACCCGUUCAGACCCAGCGUGUGUCGCAGUGUGUGCGUGUCGGAGAUCAUCAGCGUCCGAGAGGAAGAGGAGGAGAGCAGCAGGGAAGAUGGCAGCUGGAAGAAGAUUCGAGACUGCAGGCGGUCUUUUACAGUAUUGUACGUGGAGAGGGGUCGGCAGCACCGCUGGCAGUGCGCUGAAGUCACCUUCACGUGUCCAGAGGUGGCGCUGUGUCAUCGCUGGGUGGGCGUGAUCAGAGAGCAGCUGGCAGCCAUCGCCAGCAGACCCAAGCAGCUGCUGGUCUACAUCAAUCCGUACAGCGGCAAGCGUCAGGCCAAGCGCGUCUACCAGCAGAAGGUGGCGCCGUUGUUCGCCCUCGCCGACAUCAGCGCGCACGUCAUCGUGACCGAGUACGCCAACCACGCCAGAGACCACCUGAGGAAGGAGGCGGAGCUUCACAAGUUUGACGGCGUGGUGUGCGUCGGCGGCGACGGCAUGUUCAGCGAGGUCGUCCACGGCCUGAUCUGGCGCACGCAGAAAGACGCCGGCGUCGACGUCGACCGUCCCGACCAGACGCUGGUCGGCUGCUCGCUGCGCAUCGGAAUCAUCCCCGCAGGCUCCACAGACUGCAUCUGCUUCGCGACGGUCGGCACCAACGACCCCGUGACGUCUGCGCUACACAUCAUAGUGGGUGACUCUCAGCCGAUGGACGUGUGCUCGGUCCACCACAACAACGCCUUCCUCCGCUACUCCGUCUCUCUGCUCGGAUACGGUUUCUACGGCGAUGUGCUGACAGACAGCGAGAGGAAGCGAUGGAUGGGCCCGGCGAGAUACGACCUGGCAGGUCUGAAGAUGUUCCUGACUCAUCAUUACUACGAGGGGACCGUGUCCUACCUGCCAGCCAGUGGCAUCAUGGGAGCGCCAAGGGACGCCUCCAGGUGUCGAUCAGGCUGUUCGGUCUGUCGGGACAACAGGAAGCUUUUGUCAGAGAGAGCUGAGAUGUACGAGGCGGAUCAGCUGUCGGACAGUGAAAGUGGCAGUGGCUGGCGGACCAUCCGAGGCAAGUUCCUGGCAAUAAACGCCGCCAGCAUGAGCUGUGCUUGUCCUCGCAGCCCUAAAGGCCUCUCACCUGCUGCACACCUUGCCGACGGCACCACUGACCUCAUCCUGGUCCGAAAGUGUUCCCGCUUUAACUUCCUCAGACACCUCCUGAGACACACCAGCAAAGACGAUCAGUUUGACCUCUCCUUUGUGGAGGUGCACCGGGUGCGCCGGUUCCGCUUUACGCCACGCCACUGCCAGAGCGACUCAGACCUGGAGCUGGACCUACUGGGGAACGGCAAACACCAAAUUUUCAGCCAGAUCUGCCGGGACCAUCCGGCCUGUGGCUGCUCACCCGCCUUCAGCAACUGGAACUGCGAUGGCGAGAUCCUGACCCACACGGCCAUCGAUGUCAGAGUGCACUGCCAGCUCAUCAAGCUGUUUGCACGAGGCAUCGAGGAACCAGCUAUGUUUGACGACCUCACUCCCGCCUCUUCCAUGUAGACCUCAGAACGUCUGGGACUGGCGACACCUCGUCCCUUUGUCUUACAUUGAACGGGUCUGGUUGGUUCUGUUUAGUUAGAAAUACACAAAUACUAGAUGAGGACCUGAACCAGCCCUGAAAGCAACUAAGUAACGUUGACUUCUAAAAGUCCAGUCCCAAGAGUUUGAAGUCUUGAGUCUCAUCAAGUGUUUAGUCCUGGUCUGAGGCAGAUUCCAGUCAAACAAGAAGUCCGGCUUAAGCAAAGUCUGAUUGCAGAGUCUGUUGUUUCCGUUGGGUUUUUAUUCCAGUCCAAAUGUUCAAGUCAAAGCUGGUUUUUGUCUUGGACUGGUCUAGACCUGAUCUAGAUGACUUAGACCCUGCUCCUAGUCUCUUGUGAUCCUCAUUAAUCCUAUCAGUCUCUUUGCAGAACGUCUGGGACUGGCGACACCUCGUCCCUUUGUCUUACAUUGAACGGGUCUGGUUGGUUCUGUUUAGUUAGAAAUACACAAAUAUCUAGAUGAGGAACUGAACCAGCCCUGAAAGCAACUAAGUAAUGUUGACUUCUAAAAGUCCAGUCCCAAGAGUUUGAAGUCUUGAGUCUCAUCAAGUGUUUAGUCCUGGUCUGAGGCAGAUUCCAGUCAAACAAGAAGUCCGGCUUAAGCAAAGUCUGAUUGCAGAGUCUGUUGUUUCCGUUGGGUUUUUAUUCCAGUCCAAAUGUUCAAGUCAAAGCUGGUUUUUGUCGUGGACUGGUCUAGACCUGAUCUAGAUGACUUAGACUCUGCUCCUAGUCUCUUGUGAUCCUCAUAUAUCCUUUGCAGAACGUCUGGGACUGGCGACACCUCGUCCCUUUGUCUUACAUUGAACGGGUCUGGUUGGUUCUGUUUAGUUAGAAAUACACAAAUAUCUAGAUGAGGAACUGAACCAGCCCUGAAAGCAACUAAGUAACGUUGACUUCUAAAAGUCCAGUCCCAAGAGUUUGAAGUCUUGAGUCUCAUCAAGUGUUUAUUCCUGGUUUGAGGCAGAUUCCAGUCAAACAAGAAGUCUGGCUUAAGCAAAGUCUGAUUGCAGAGUCUGUUGUUUCCGUUGGGUUUUUAUUCCAGUCCAAAUGUUCAAGUCAAAGCUGGUUUUUGUCUUGGACUGGUCUAAACCUGAUCUAGAUGACUUAGACUCUGCUCCUAGUCUCUUGUGAUCCUCAUAUAUCCUGUCAGUCUCUUUGCAGAACGUCUGGGACUGGCGACACCUCGUCCCUUUGUCUUACAUUGAACGGGUCUGGUUGGUUCUGUUUAGUUAGAAAUACACAAAUAUCUAGAUGAGGAACUGAACCAGCCCUGAAAGCAACUAAGUAACGUUGACUUCUAAAAGUCCAGUCCCAAGAGUUUGAAGUCUUCAAUCAAUCAAUGUUUAUUUAUAUAGCCCUAAAUCACAAGUGUCUCAAAGGGCUGUACAAGCCACAACGACAGUCUUGAGUCUCAUCAAGUGUUUAGUCCUGAUCUGAGGCAGAUUCCAGUCAAACAAGAAGUCCGGCUUAAGCAAAGUCUGAUUGCAGUGUCUGUUGUUUCCGUUGGGUUUUUAUUCCAGUCCAAAUGUUCAAGUCAAAGCUGGUUUUUGUCUUGGACUGGUCUAGACCUGAUCUAAAUGACUUAGACCCAGCUCCUAGUCUCUUGUGAUCCUCAUGAAUCCUAUCAGUCUCUUUGCAGAACGUCUGGGACUGGCGACACCUCGUCCCUUUGUCUUACAUUGAACGGGUCUGGUUGGUUCUGUUUAGUUAGAAAUACACAAAUAUCUAGAUGAGGAACUGAAUCAGCCCUGAAAGCAACUAAGUAACGUUGACUUCUAAAAGUCCAGUCCCAAGAGUUUGAAGUCUUGAGUCUCAUCAAGUGUUUAGUCCUGGUCUGAGGCAGAUUCCAGUCGAACAACAACAAGGUCUGAUUGCAGAGUUUAUGUUGUUUCCGUUGGGUUUUUAUUCCAGUCCAAAUGUUCAAGUCAAAGCUGGUUUUUGUCUUGGACUGGUCUAGACCUGAUCUAAAUGACUUAGACUCUGCUCCUAGUCUUUUGUGAUCCUCAUGAAUCCUAUCAGUCUCUUUGGUUUUGUUAAUCAAGCCCGUCUCUGAUUUGAUUCUUAAUUUCUGUUUGUAUCUUUGAUGGUCACUGCUGUCAGUCAAAAAGGUCACUUUUGUAGCGUGUCACUUUGGAGGGUCGGCAUAGUCCUGACUUCAACCGCACAAGAGUCACUCCUAAAACCUCUCUAUUUAAGUUGGUCUGUUACGUUUUCAAGGAGCGCCGAGGCUCCUUACUCUUAGGGUCACGCCUUCCUCAAGGUGCCAGGUGACCCGGCGCCGAGACCCGCGCGUAGCUUUCAAGUCGGCCUACGAGCGCUUCAGUCUCUUCGAUAUGCAAAUGAGGUCGGACAGAGCAAAGUCCGAACAAAACCGACAGGUGAGACGCCGCUCUCUGGCGUCACGGUGUGCGGUCAUCUACAUGUAGCGCUGAUGUUUGUGUAGCUCCUCAGAUCACCUUAGACCGUAGCGUACAUGUCACCAUGAGUUUUCCUGAAGAUGUUCCCAAGUUCUGGUCCAAAGACCAAAAGGAAGUCCACAUCUUUUUUAAUUUAGCUUUGAUUACAUCCACGUUGCUAGCGUAGGUGUUCUUUCGCAUGUCAGUUAUGCAACUUAACAAAUGCUGGACCCCCAUCCCUGUAGACCUGUACUAUGGACAAGUAGACCCCCAACUCUGCUGUAGCCUCUUGUCUCAUGUCAGAAUAAAAACCUGUCAGCUCCU